AUGGCUGAAAAGGCAGACAGCGUUUCCGAUACGGCGCAGCCAGUUGAGCAGUCGGAAAGGGUCGACGCGAAGUGGUAUCGGACACCAUUUUACAAUGCCACGAUUCUUGGCAUGUGUAGUUUUGCAGCCCCCGGUCUUUGGGGUGCGAUGAACUCUUUGGGUGCUGGUGGUGCUCAAGAGCCAUACCUUGUCAAUACCGGAAACGCACUUACCUUCUGCCUCAUGAUCAUCUCAUGCUGGCUCACAAGUUCUGUUGUCAAAUAUGUCGGGAUCAAGGGUGCCUUAGUCAUCGGCACAAUCGGGUUUGCUCCAUACAGCGCAGGACUGUACCUGAACAACCGUUACGGCGUCGAGUGGCUCGUUAUCCUUGGCGCUGCUUUCUGCGGCGUAUCAGCUGGUAUUUUCUGGGGCUCGGAAGCUGCUAUUGCCAUUGCAUAUCCUGAGCCUCACAACAGAGGGCGCAUGAUUGCCUACUGGCUUACCUGGACUCGGGUUGGGCAAAUCCUCGGCGGAGUCAUCAACCUUGGCCUUAAUGCGGACCGCAGUGGAGCUGGCAAGGUGUCGUACAAGGUUUACCUCAUCUUCAUCGCCUUACAAGCUUGCGGACCCUUCGUUGCCAUGCUUUUGAACAAGCCAGAAAAGGUCCAGCGAGCCGAUGGGAAGCCAGUCCAGCUGACCAUUGCCGACAACCCAUGGCAAGAGAUCAAGGCUACGACCAAGACGUUCCUCACCCCCAAAUUCCUGCUCCUCGUUUUGUGGAUUGGCCAGGGCGUGUACUCUGAAUCGAUUUUCUUCACAUAUAUCGCUCUGUGGUUCUCUGUCAGAGCUCGCGCCCUCGGAUCACUUCUCUCCGGUAUCGUUGCAGUCAUCGCUGGUAACCUCCUUGGACUGUGGCUCGAUCAGAACCAGAUCGCUCUGAAGAAGAGAGCUCGCUGGGCUUUUGCAGUCAUUAUGACCCUCCAGGGUGCUUGGUGGCUAUGGCUGACCAUUAACGUCACCGAGUACCGUCGAACUCAGCCUACACUCGACUGGAGUGAUCCAGGAUUCGGCAGAGGCUUCGGUGUCUUCAUCUUCUUGGUCGCUGGCUUCCAAUUGAACUACAACUUUGCAUUCUUCAUAAUUGGACAAAUUUCCGAAACCCCUCAGGAGACGAUCCGCCUGUCAGCACUUCUUCGGGGAACAGAGUCUGCCUGGCAAGCUGUCAGUUAUGGACUCAACGCAAUCCCAAUUUUCGCCUUAGUCGGCGGGCCGUACAUCAACUUUGGGCUAUGGUUUAUCUCGAUUUACCCGGCUUGGCUGGUUGUCAGACAUUUCGGCAAUGAUGGAAAGAAGACUGAUGCAGAGACAGUCGCUCAGUCGGAGUCAGUCCAUGAAAUCAAAAGUUGA